GCGCAGCCCUCCCCCUCUGCCCUCCCACCGCAGUCACUCGCAAACCCCGGCCCUCCCGGCGGGGCCCGCUGCGCGCCCGCGGCCGUCCCCAGUGCCGCAGCUCCGGCAGCCGCAGCGCCAGCGCCAGGAGAGCACUGAAUGGAAACCAAUCAGAUAGACAGCCCCCUCGGCUUCGGCUGCCUGCAUGCUGGAGUUAAAAAGUGAUGCUGGCAGCGCGGGAGCCCCAGUGAGAGGCGAGCAGGUUGAGCGCUGGAGACAGGAGGCAGCGAAGCAGCGCAGCGCCCGCGCUGCCCGCCGCGCCGCGGAGCCGCACUGGGCACUGGGCCUCUCGUCGCUGCUUGCCGAUAUCCUUUGAGACUGCAAAGACUGUUUAAAGAAAGAAGAACGCAUGAGACUGGAUCCAGUGCAGUAAAGUAGGUUAGUUUGAGGACAAGAAAAUAAGUCAUUAUUUGCACCUCCUUGUGUUGCCGUGAUGAGAACUUACCAUUGCUUCUGGCUGCUGUUUUGGGCUGGUCAGCCCCACCAAAGUUGCUUAACUUUGUUGUCCAAAAGGACUAGUGGCUUUCCAGAAAAGGAAAAGGUUUUGGUAUUGUCUGGAAAUAGCAGGAAAGACUUCAAUCGUUCCAAAAGAAGCUGGAUGUGGAAUCAGUUCUUUUUAUUGGAGGAAUACACAGGGACCGACUACCAAUAUGUUGGCAAGCUGCAUUCAGACCAAGAUAAAGGAGAUGGAUCACUUAAGUACAUCCUUUCUGGAGAUGGAGCAGGAGACCUCUUCAUUAUCAAUGAAAACACUGGUGACAUCCAGGCCACAAAGAGACUAGACAGGGAAGAAAAGCCUGUAUACAUACUUCGUGCCCAGGCUAUAAACAGAAGGACUGGAAGACCAGUGGAACCAGAAUCUGAAUUCAUCAUUAAGAUCCAUGACAUCAAUGACAAUGAGCCAAUGUUUACAAAGGACGUUUACAAUGCCAGCAUUCCCGAAAUGUCAGAUGUUGGCACCUUUGUUGUACAAGUCACUGCAACUGAUGCUGAUGAUCCUACAUAUGGGAACAGCGCUAAAGUUGUCUACAGCAUUCUCCAGGGACAACCGUAUUUCUCUGUCGAAUCUGAGACAGGCAUUAUUAAAACUGCUUUACUAAACAUGGACCGUGAAAACAGGGAGCAGUACCAAGUGGUCAUCCAAGCUAAGGACAUGGGAGGCCAGAUGGGCGGAUUAUCAGGAACCACCACCGUGAACAUCACACUGACUGACGUAAACGACAAUCCUCCGCGCUUCCCCCAGAGCACAUACCAAUUCAGAGCUCCUGAGUCUACCCCACCUGACUCACCAAUUGGCAGAAUAAAAGCUAACGAUGCUGAUGUGGAUGAAAAUGCAGAGAUCGAAUACAGCAUUACUGAGGGGGAUGGAUAUGACAUGUUUGGAAUUAUCACAGACAAAGACACACAGGAGGGAAUUAUAACCAUCAAAAAGGCAUUGGAUUUUGAAAAAAAAAAUCUGUAUAUUCUGAAAGUGGAAGCUACCAAUACUUAUGUGGACCCUCGAUUCCUCUACUUGGGGCCAUUCAAGGACUCAGCUACAGUCAGAAUUCAGGUGGAGGAUGUAGAUGAACCCCCAGUGUUCAGCAGACCAGCUUAUAUAAUUGAAGUGAAAGAAGAUGUUCCAAUAAACAGCAUAAUAGGAACAGUAACAGCUCAGGAUCCAGAUGCUGCCAAGAACCCUGUCAAGUAUUCUGUAGAUCGACACACUGAUAUGGACCGAGUAUUCAACAUCAAUUCAGGAAAUGGUUCGAUAUUUACUUCAAAACCCCUUGACCGGGAAACAUUGCUAUGGCACAACAUUACAGUAAUAGCAGCAGAGAUCAAUAACCCAAAACAAAGCAGCCGUGUCCCAGUGUUCAUUAAGGUUUUGGAUGUAAAUGACAAUGCUCCGGAGUUUCCUAUGUUUUACGAGACCUUCGUCUGUGAAAAUGCAAAGGCAGAACAGCUGAUACAAACACUAAGUGCCGUUGAUAAAGACGACUCUUUCAGUGGACACCAGUUUUCAUUCUCCUUAGCUCCUGAGGCAGGCAGCAGCUCAAACUUUACACUCCAGGACAACAGAGACAACACAGCAGGGAUUUUCACUCGAAAAACCAGAUAUAACCGGCAUGAAAUGAGUACCUACUUCUUGCCAGUGGUAAUAUCAGACAAUGACUACCCUAUCCAGAGCAGCACCGAAACAGUGACUAUUCGAGUAUGUGCUUGUGACCAUCGAGGAAAGAUGCUGUCCUGUAAUGCAGAAGCUUUGAUUCAUCCUACUGGUCUUAGCACUGGGGCUCUCAUUGCUAUUCUUCUCUGUAUCAUUAUAUUACUAGUUACAGUGGUGCUGUUUGCAGCGCUGAGACGGCAACGGAAAAAAGAGCCUUUGAUUAUUUCCAAAGAGGACAUCAGAGACAACAUUGUCAGUUAUAACGAUGAAGGUGGUGGAGAGGAAGAUACCCAGGCAUUUGAUAUUGGCACGCUGAGGAAUCCCGAAGCCAUAGAUGAUAAUAAAUUACGCAGAGACAUUGUGCCGGAAACACUUUUUAUGCCACGGCGGACUGCAGCAGCGCGAGAUAACACGGAUGUCAGAGAUUUCAUUAACCAAAGGUUAAAGGAAAAUGAUACAGAUCCAACUGCACCCCCAUAUGACUCGUUAGCAACCUACGCAUAUGAAGGUAAUGGUUCUGUAGCAGAGUCCCUCAGCUCCUUGGAGUCAGUGACUACAGAUGGAGAUCAGGACUACGAUUACCUCAGUGACUGGGGGCCUCGGUUUAAAAAGCUGGCAGAUAUGUAUGGCGCAAUGGACAGUGACAAAGACUCUUAAUUUGUUGCCUUUUUUUUCAUUUUCAGAAACAGCACUGAGAUAUGUGAAGUGGCUAUUUCUUUCUAUUUCUCCACAGCUCUGUGAAAGGGUUCUCUAUUCUACCAGUUCUAAUUGUCUAAUGACUGCAGUCUGUGUGGCUCAACUGUCAGAAAACCUUUUCUAGUAUCGUUUUAUGAGCUUCAAAGAGGCAAAGUUAUUAUUUUUUAGUGUAUCCAGUUUACCAAGUCAAUCUUACAGGCACAGCAGUAGAGGAGGGAAAAAAAGGAUCAGAUGGGGAGCAAUAUUUUUACUUGUUCUGCUUAUAUUGUAAAUUGGAGUAUAUUACUGUUUAAGCUCACUUACUCUUUUUACUUGUAUUCAGAUUAUUCAGUUCAGACAACUGCUCUGUUGAUUGUGUAUUGCACAUCCUUAUGUAAUGAGGUACCCUAGUUUAACCUAUGUAUUAUAGUCAAAAGUAGUGGUGGUGGAAUGGAGGUUUAUUACACAAGUAGAGUCAGCUGAGAAAAACCAUCAAACAUGCAUUUUACUCAUGAGGAGGAUAGACAGGCCUAAUAGUCAUUCAAAUCUGAGUGUUUUUCUAGAACUUGCCAUUGCCCCAAUGCACUGAAUUAUAUUAUCACACACGUAUAUAUAUUUCAUUGACUGCUAUGUAUAUAUUCUUCUGACCUAGCAUUGCUGGAGAGAUGUGUGUGCGUGCAUGUGUGUGUGGUCAGUAGCCCCUACAGCUAAUUUUUAGACAGUAUCCCAGUUCUAACCCAGACUUGCCUUGUGAUAUGGGGCAACUCAUCUAAUCCAAGUGCAGAUUAGACCGUGACUUGGAGAAAGGAGCAGAACAAAAGCUUUUCUUUGUAGUUCUGAUGGCUUCCACUUGCACAUCAGUUCAGUGGUGCUGGCCACUGUGCUGGGGGUGUGGGAGUCAGGCUUUUCAUAUCCAUUUACUUCUGCCUGUUCGUAUGUGCGGGAGGGGAGUGGUUGCUUUCCAGUGACUACCACCCAUUGGGGCAAGAGAAGCAACUGCAUCGGAGGAAAGGAGUACUUUUAUGCCCUGAACUCCCCUGCUUGGAUGCCCAGGGUGGCUCCCCAACUGACUCUCUGCCCAGCUUUGCCACCCGUAAAGUGGGGAAACAACACCUACCUCAUCAGGAUGUUGCAACGAAUAGAUGAAUCAUUUGCAAAAUUCUUAGAGAAGACACUGGCAUUCUGCCAUAGGAAGUAAUUCCUCAUCUUUUUGGAUUUUUUUGCUGUUUCAAGCCCCGAAUGCACAAGUAAGAAUCAAUUGUCAUUCCAGAGGCCUGAAAAGUAGGGUUUAUAACUGUAACUCUCUUUUUAAUAAACUAGUCAGCUAGGGUUGUUAAAGACUUCACCAAAAGAGAGCAUUUUAAACAGAAGUUCUCCAAGGGUGUAUUAAUCCACUUUGCCAAGUUAAGCAAUUUUUGUCCGGGCUGGGGCAAGGAGAAAGAAAAUGCCAUAGUACUCAGACCAAGACCUUUUCUUAACAGUUUGCGCACUACCCAGUACCACUUGUCAAGAACAUGCAGUGCUGCUAUUCAAAUCCAGCCAUUUAGGAGAGGCUAUGUGGAGAAAAUCCUGAAGGGUGGCCAUGGGGCGUGCCCAGUUCCAGGAGCUAAAAGCACUCCUGGGUCCCACAAUAGGGACAGAGCCUGUGACACCAUACCAAGGAAAGGGGAAGGCAUGUGUCCGUGUGUGUGUGUAAAUAAUCGUAAAUAAUCUCAUUUAUUUCAUUUUUGAAACAGUAUUGCAUACUAGAAUUACAGGCGUGGAUUGAUUUCCCCCCCCCCCCCCCGCAAGAAUCUUCAGUGAAUCAGUUUGAAAACCAAACAAGAGCUCCAAUUUACUCAAAAAAUAAAAGAGAAGGGAAAAAAAGUUAAUAAACAGAAAACUAAAAGGGAUUAAAAAUUAAUCCCUGGAAUUCGUUACUCAGAGUUAAACAAAGAGAGUAGUAGGAUGCCAGAGUAUUAAACAUUUGAGCAUGGCAAUAUAAUUUCAGAUUUUGCAAACCCGCUCACAGCUAAAAGGACAAGCAGUCUACACCAAGAUGUCCACUCAUAACCAGAAGGGACUCCUUUGCAGUGGAGAUCAUUACACAAUUACAAGUUUAAAGCAAGGUAGCUAGUGAUUCAUAGAUGCCCAGCAUUAUAGAUAAGAUGGGUUGUCAGAGUAGAGAGAGUCCAGAGCUCUGAAAGCUGCUGAGCCUCCAGUCUCACUGAUUGAGGCCUCUCAAGGUACUUUAUUCCAGUGGAGUUAGGUGCCUGAGCCUGCUGUGCCUGUCACAACAGUAAUGACGUGACUAGACUCUCAACGUUCUCCUAAGGAUCUCUCUGCAAUUUAGGAUGACACCUGUAAAAGUCCUUCAUGGCUUCCUUAAAAUCAGAGCAUCCAGAAGGCAGCCUGUCUGAAAUCUGGCUCUGGCAUACAAACCAGACCACCUGGUUCCAAAAUGGUUUUCAACAAUAUGGGAGGAGAAGGAAACGCUUGGCACCACCUGCUGCAGUCCCCUCACUUUGGGCUGUUCUCCUCAUACUGUCCAUGGAGAGGUGACAGUGCUCUUCAGGAGGCUCUUUCAAGCAGAAGCCUCACUUUGGUGAUCCAAACUGCACCCUGCAAGGUGCCUAUUUCUCAUCCUUUGCAGUACAGGGAGCUCAGAGCAACUUGCCUCAAACUCAGAGUGAGGUGAGAUGCCCAGAGUCAGUGAAUUCUCCCUUCCCCCAGGACACGGAUCUGUGUGGCGAAGAGGUAGCAAGGGUGGGUGGCUCUAAGACCUUUUAGGCCUGUGGAUGCCCAGGCAUUUGGCCCUGGAAGAGGGAGACACUGCCACUUUACUGAAGGCAGUACUUACACCUGCCUCCACACAGGGAGCCUGCCCACAACCCUGAAAGGACUGGACCAACCUGCAAGUAAAUUUGCCUUAGUCACUCUUUGGAGUGGAAUAACAAAAUAGGGGUGGAUCACUGAUCUCCCUGUAACUAUUUUCCUAUAUUUGUACAGUGGUUUUGUCCAAGUUAGUGAUAGUAACAGUUCAAGCUCAAGUUUUGCUUUUUUUUUUUCUUUGCCAGCUGGUUUUAUCUUGUCCAAUGAGUGACACAGUAAAUACAGUGGCUACUCGUGCCUGUCGUGUAAAUAUAUUUUAUAUAAAUUAUGUAAUGACACCACAGAUGUGGUACCUGAAUAGCAAAGAGAUUCUUCUAAAAAACAAACAAAAAAUUAGAGGAAAAUGUAUAGCUCACAUCUGAAUUAUUAUUUACACACCUAAGUUUUGAGGUCUUUUUUCUUCUGCAAAUUAGGCAGAUUUAGUAUCUCUCACGCACAGCAAGAAGAGUUCAGUUCUGACUUUCCUUCUUUCUUGGCAGUACCACAAAGUGCAAUUUAUAAAAUCGGUACUGCAUAUUAAAUAAUUAAAAUGCCAUAUUGCAGUGAAUACAAAACUUUGCAAUAGUAUUUCUUUGCACCUCGUUGCAUGCCAGAGUACUAGAUGAUAUAGAAAUGUGUAUUUUGCAAUGCUUUCACACAAUGCUAGAAUUGUCAUUUAGAGAUGAACAAGUGUUAGAUUAUGGGCUACAAAGUGGGUUUCAAGGUUGCGUUAAGAAACACUGCUCCUGUUAGAGCCACAUCUAUCUGAAGAGAAGAAACAAUGCUAAGAGACUUAGCUAAGACAGGCAGAGAUGAGCAAUGCAGUUCACUUUUAAUUUGGAAAAGUGUCCGAUCUAAAAACCGGGGAGCUAUUAAAAAACACCAUGGAGUUCAGUGAGGUUAACAUGAAAUGAGGGCCUGUUUACCUAGGUGAAAUUGUGAGCCUUGCUACUGCAGAAUAAUAACAUCUCUACAGUUAUAAUAGACUAAGGAUUCUAGCAUAGCUAUUCCACUCCAGCUCCCAAAGUGGCCACAUUAUUCCAGAAGAAGAAAAAGGAUUUUACAUAUUUUGUUAGUUGUCAGGUCUUACUUCAUUCCGUGGAAAGGUAUUUCAUAGCUGUUAAAUGUGAAUGAGAGAAGCAGUCUUCAAAUUAUUAAGUUUUGCAAGUAGCGAGCUGCAUUACAAGGCACAACACUUAUUUCUCUGUCACAGAAAGAGGAAAAAAACAAUUAACUGAAUUUGUGUAAUCUCAUAAAAAGUGGUAUGGUUAUAAACAAGUGGAGCAGGGAGAAAUGGCUAUGGGAAUGUCUGUGCACAUGCACACAUACACGGUAUGAAUAAAAAAGAAAAUAAUGAACAUCAGCAACUGGACACAUUUCUAAAUCAGACUUAUCCAUGUUGAACAGGGGCUAAAGCGCAGAGCCAUUUCCAACACUUCCAGAAUUCCUAGAACAGCCAGAGGGAGUUUUGCCUGGAUAGAAAGCAAGAUACUAUCUUCUUUUAGAACAAGCAAAAGAGAUCCAGGCUAUUUUGAUUCAAAUCUCCAGGGAAGAAAGUCCCCGCAACUGAUGAACUGGUGCAACUUUCUGAUAAUUAACAUGCUUUAAUAAUAAACUUCUGCAACAGAUCUAUCUUGAUGGCUUUCUGUAGCAGUGUGCAGUGAACUACAGCCAGUGGUUCUGAGCCGGUAACUGCGGACACCAUAACGUUAGCUAUUCCUACCAGCACAUGUUUUAAAAUGCCUCUUUAUUUCAUGCUAUAAGAAGUAUUAAAGUGCUUUAGAAGACUACCGUCCCAACUGGAUGCUGCCAUCUCCUGCCCCUUUGUGUUUCAAUUAAGGCUGCAGUCUGAGCUCCCUUGUCAAAUGAGAGCUGAGAAGUUAACAGUCAUUACGCUACUUCUGACUAGUAUGUUUUAGUUCAUAAAUUGUGAAAGGCAGUGUUCUUUUCCCUCUAGAACUGUGAAACAGCAGCCUCCUCCAAUAAACAUCACAGACACAACAUUUUAAUGUUUGGUAUUUAGAAAGAAUUGUUUUCUAAGAGACAGUUUCUGUACUUAAGAAAGAAGAGGAACGAAAGCAUAUUUAAUGUCUAUAGCCUCACGCACUACUCCAGUAGGAAGGGAAAAGCACAGUAGUCAAUUCACUUGAGAAAGGAAGCAAGAUGUCUUUCACGUUUUAAUGCCUGCCUGUCGUCUCAGCCAUUUUAUUUUGGCACAGCUAAGGCAAUCUUGAUCCUGCCCAUCAUUCUGCAAUAUUACACUUUUCAGCCCAGACCUGCGUUCAUCAUGAAUAGUUCAUAAAAUUCAGCAGUAGGUAUCCAAAAAACAUGUAUGGGGUUAUAGGGCAUUUGAGAGUCAGAAAAUGGGGAGUUUCAGGAAGAGAAGAAAAUUAAUUGCAUGGAGUUUAGGGCGGAAAGUAAUCGUCAUAUACAAGGCAGGCCCAUGGCACUUAAAAGCCACAAAGCUGCCAUAUUAUGCAUAGUUACUAGAUUUCAAAGGAGUUUUUGUAGAACCUGCUCUUAUUUCUCCUGCAUGUGUCUUAUUCUUUCUUUAAAAAAAAGAAGAGAGGGAAAGAAAAAAUAUACAGGAGCUGCAAACUUUAAAUUUCCCUUUCUACAAAGUUGAUUGGACAAAUAAGGAGCAAGUCCAGCACACAGAGAAAUCCUUUCCACUCCAACAGGCUUUUGACCUUUCCUACGAGACUGCACUAUUUAUGUAAAUAUACCGGGAGACACUUUCUAUAAGCUUUUAGUUUUCUAUGCUCUAUUACUUUAGUGUUUAUUAAAGAAACAAAUGUAUAGAAUUAUUAAGCAUUCAGGUAAAAACAACAGAGAAACAACACUACAAACAUGAAAUUGUCUUGGAUUUUGACACAUAAAAACUCUUCAGAAUCACUGUACUGUUUUAAUUCUGUGAUUACUUUCAUUGCUUUGAAAAUUAAACUUAAAAAAAAGGCCUUAUAAUAAAUGCUAUGUGCAUCUUAACUGUGUUACUGAGCUAAAUCAAUCUGGCAAACUCCUAUUGCGGUAUGUGAUUUUUAAACCCUUAAAAUAAAUGCUUUUUGGUAUUGAUUUUUUUUAAUUAAAAAUACUUCCAAGCAUAAAUUGAAACUGAUGCCACCACCUGGGAGGAUUUACUUGCUGGCACACUCCAGCCACACAGUCUCUCGCAAUGUCAUCCCCUUGUUCUAUGAAGGAGCCUGAGCAUCGGAUGGAUCCGGUCACCAGUCAGCACAGAGGAACAUUUGUGGGCGAUAAGAUUUCUGUCACCCAAGAGGUUUACACCUAGAAGUUUCCCUAUGUAACAAAGGGACCCAUGCUGGAAUGAUUGUGUCUUGCAGCGUGGCUGGGCAAUUUGCUAUGGUCAGAUGGCAAGUGUGCACUCUCUCCCUUAUAUUUCUUGUUCACCAUAAUGGCUUUCUUUUUUGGGGGGGGGGGGAGAAAGAAAUUUAUGAAUUUAAUGAGAAACCAAUUUGAACAACGAUUUCUCACAGAUAGAGUGAAUUUGCCUUUUUGCAAAUUGAUUUUUGUAACAAGUUAUUUAUAUGAUAUUACUUAAUAAAUUGUUUUUUCUAA